UUUGGUGUAACUGACUGCUACAUCACAGGUGGAUCACCACAUGAGCACGAGCUAAAAACAGCAACAAACAUCUCUGUCCUCCUUUUUAACGCUGCCAGCUGUGUUUCUGGUAAACAACUUCAAUGUAUCGUCAUUUUCAAAAAGCUAGCUGCUUAGGAUGGACCUGUUGGUUACCUCCACGCCAGUCAAAGAUCAUGCUGCAUCUCCUUCGAAUUGCAAAGCCAAAGACGAUAUGUCUCCGGCUAUGAAAGAGAAGAUCGAACAAAACAGACAGCGAGCGCUGAUGUUGAGGCGAGCCAGGCUGGCCAGCAAACCAUCGGCUGGAAAGCUGGAUAGAACUUCGGCUCAAGUCCCAAAGAUAGUAGACUCUGGUGGAGGGUUCUUUAACGGAGAGGCGCAGCAAAGGACAAAGAAAGUGGUGCACCAACCUGCCCCGGUGAUACAGACAGACUAUCUGCUAUGUGAUGACUGUGACAAGCCGUUUAUGGAUUCCUACCUCAGCCACAGCUUCGAUCUGGCAGUCUGCGACAACUGCAGAGACAACGAGGUGAAACACAAGCUGAUAUCCCGUACCGAGGCUAAGCAGCUUUACCUGCUGAAGGAUUGUGACCUCGACAAGAGGGAGCCAGUGCUCAGGUUUGUCCUGAGGAAGAACCCACACAACCCUCACUGGGGAGACAUGAAACUCUACCUCAAGCUACAGAUGGAGAAACGUUCCUUAGAUGUAUGGGGCUCCAAGGAGGCCCUUCAGGAGGCCAGGGAGUCCAGAGAGGAGAACAAAGAGGUGCAGAAACUAAAGCGCUUCAACAAAAAGGUCAAAGAGCUGCGUCGUGCAGUCAGGAGCAGCGUGUGGACCAAGGACACCAGCGCUCACCGACACGAGUACGGCCCCGAGGAACUAGUGGACGAAGAGGAGGACCUUUACAGGAAGGUCUGCAACACCUGCGGACACCAACUGACCUACGAGAAGAUGUAGCUUAGUGUCUUCAAAUCCUCCCAGGGGCCAAAGGCUGAUUGGUUGUAGACCACUGAUAGACACUAGAUGUUUAAACUGUUUAAAGAUUCUAGCAGCUAAAGCAGAGGUGUCGAACCGAUUCCACGGGGGGCCGAGUGUCUGCAGGUUUUUGUUUUUUCCUUCACACUGGUUCCCA